AUGUACGGCGAUCGAACUCCAAUGCAGAUAUUGGAGAGCAUGUUGCAAGAAGAAAGGUACGUUUAUUUCACCAGAGUGAAUCCCUCCACAAACGCGGUCGAUGAGGUUUUUUUCGUUCAUCCGGACUCGUACAACAUGUGGCGUGCAUUCCCACAUGUGUUGAUGAUUGAUGCUACCUACAAGACGAAUGAGUAUAAGCUUCCGUUUAUUCAAGUUGUGGGUGUGACAUCGACACACAAGUUUUUUUGUGUGGCUAUUGCGUUUGUCUCUAAAGAAAAAAAAAAGAUAACUUCUUAUGGGUCUUGGGGAAGCUCAAAGAAUUAUGUUCUGGAUUAUUUGUAUGAUGUGUGGCUGAAAGAUUAUAAAGAAAAGUUCGUUUCAGCUUGGACUAACACAGUCCCCAAUUUUGGUCAACAUACAACCAACAGAGUUGAAAGCCAGCAUUCUAAGUUUAAGAGAUACAUUAAAGGGCCAAACAACUCGCUCCAUAGACUUGUGUGUCUUGUUGGCAAAGUUGUAGAGUCACAAAAAAUACAAAUAAAAGUUAGUUUUGAGGAGAGCAUGUCCGUGCAAAUGGGGGACCACAGAUUUCCAUUUUUUGACAACCUACGCGGAAAUGUUUCCCAAAAAGCCUUAGAGUUAUUGGUUGUCGAGAGGAAGAAGCUAAAUGCGUUGAGGGCAGGAGGGGGGACUUGUGGCCACCAGCUUUCUACGGGUUGUGGGUUGCCAUGUGCUUGUCAGAUGGAGUGGUGGGAAAAUACAGGUUGCAAAAUUCCACUUGCCGCGAUAGAUAAAUUCUGGACAAAACUUGAUUUUUCGACAGAAAAACUUAAUCAAGACAAGUACAAAAACGUGAUCGAGCGUUUUAAGGAUUGGCUUCCAUCUAGCUAUCGGAGAUACAUAACACAUAUCGAAGAUGCCCAGCCGGACGGUAACUGUGGGUUUCGAUCCAUAGCUAUGGGUUUGGGGUAUGACUAG